AUGUUGACUAACCUGCUGCUGACCUGCCUGGGCCGUUGCACCUCUCCAAUCAGCUACCUGCAGCUCAAGUUCUGGAGGGCGUACACUCAAGCGGAGAACAGCCUAAUCGAUUCUCAUGCCACCAAACAUGCCAAAGAGCUUGCUGAGAGGAACGUGACGAGCUUCUUCACCAUGACAUCACCUGAUGACGUCCAAACUCCGUCUAACGGAGACUGGGAGAAGAUCUCCUCCCUGUUCAAGUUCAGCUCCAGAAAGCAGUACUACAGCACCCUGCACCGCUAUGUGGAGAGCUGCCAGAACGAGGAGAGUGGGGUCAGGAAGAUGGCGUCAGUCAAGUCGAUCGACUCAGAGACAGUCAACCCGGCUGUCCUGGGUUUUGUAGAUGAUGGCAAAAUGUAGGUGUGAAGGAUAUCUCUAAGUCCUGAUGGUCACUUUCUUCAUCUCCCUUUUUAAAAUCACCUAUAACACACAUAUAUCAUUGUUGUAGCCCCCUCCCCUAAAGUGUAAGGGCAUAUUUACAUUGUUUUAUGCUUAAUUUGCAUCUGGGGACCUAUCAGCUAUCAUCUGGAGGUCAGCCUGAAACAAGUAUACAAAGUGCUUUGACAAGAUAAAGCUUCCUUCUCUAUGCGCUGUGUUAUUUACUGUCUGAAAAAAAUGACUGUGUAUCCAGAUCUUAAGUGAAGAGAAAUUCACCCCUCCACACAUGUCUGUGCUGCAGCCAGAAACCCAAGAGGGCACUGGAGGAUCUGAGCUUUUUGUACUUUUAAAAGAUAAAAUUGUGCCUUUUCCAAAAGAAAAAAAAAAGGCUCUCGACUACAAUUAACACUUCCCUGUGUUACCUUGUCCUAACUAACCAGCACCACCCUGUGGUGGAAAUUAAACAGUGCAUCUAAUCUUCACGUGUUAUCAUGACUGUUCUAAUCUGCCACAUCUGCCUAAUGAAAUCACUGUCAUUCCUUGGCUCAUUGCUUUCUUUAAUAAAACAACUAUUCACCUGUUUGUGGUAAGUCUCAGUUUCUCUGUAAAUAGUCUCUCAGGGUCUUCACUCUGGCUUUCUUCAGCAGUAUGAACCUGAAACACAAACUGAUUUUCUUGAGAUGUUCUCCUCGUUAAAGGGUCUCCAGUUUCCUGAAAUGACUUCAUGAUGCAGAUUAGUCAAAAGAAAAAAGUCCAGCUUUGUCAGGUCUGCCCUCAAGAGGAGAAGAAAACAACUUUUAAAAUGUUUGUUUGUUGAACGGAGGUCAGAUCCAUCAUUUUUGAUGCAUUCAGAGAAGUCAGGAAAUCUAAAGUCAGUUUGUUUUUAGCAACUCAACAUCAAUUAGAUUAGAGUCUCAGUGUAAAUCUUUGAUCUGGAUCAGGUUGUUAGCUGGCCUUUAUGCAGAUAUCCGUUUAUACAGAAAAAUAAAUCCUCAUCAGAUUUAACACUGCAGGGAGCUGGGAUGUCAUUACUCCUGCUUUUGCGCUCUCCUUAAAGAUCUCUUUUCUUGCAGACACCUAAUUAGAGAACUGAAGAUCAUUUAAAUCAAUUCGUAUUAGAUUACAUUACAUUACAUUGAAGUAGAUUAUAUCAGAUUAGAGUAGAUUAGACAGAACUUCAUUGAUCCUCUUGGGAAGGUUCCCUCGGCGGAAUUUAAAUUCCAGCAGCAUCAGUAUAUGUACAGAAAAAACAAAACAGAACAAUUAAGUAAGUAAGAAAUAGAGAUGCAAUAAAGAAUAAGGUUAUUUAAAAAAAAAAAAAAAAACUUUGAUUAAGUAUUGACACAUUCUUAAUAUAUCUCAUAUACAAGUGAGAUAUAACGCUACACUGAAAAAAUAACUCAUAAGAUUUAGUUAAAAAAUAUAUUUUAAGUAUUUGCAUGCAAAUAAUUUAAGUAAAAUGUAAUGCUGUUAUAUCAAGCAACACUCACUUGCCAGUAUCAAGUUUGAUCUACAUAUAUAUAUAUAUAUAUGACUGUUUUGACAACACAGAGAAUAUUUUCAGGUCAUAUCCCACCUCUGUUUUGAGUCCUGUAUUGACAAAGCAGGGGCAAGUUUUGCUGGCUUGGCAUAAAGUAUGUGCACACUUUCACAAAUGAACAGUGGCCAACAUAAUGACCCUUUCUAUCUAGGAUAAGGGAUGCACAAUGUUGGAUAUAUUGAUACACAAAGUCAUGUUGGCUGAUACAGAUAUCAAUACUGAUAUAAGAACCCAAGGUUUUUCCUGUAAUAGAAUUUAUCUCUUACUGUGACAUAAAUCAAGACAGUUGAUUCAAACAGAUAUGAUAAAUGUAUUCUGUUUUAAUUAUAACCAUUCAGUUGUAUGUCUAUUGAUUCAGACAGCACUGUGCAUCGCUAGUUAUCAUCUAUAGCUCAAGGCUAAAGCCUUAACUUAAAGUAUGUGACCUGCAGACUAACACAGUAUUUUGGUUCAUUUUGUAAUGUAUACUUAUUUUCAGAAAUCAUCAACAUUUCUUCUCUGAAAACAUAUAGAGGCCAUAUCAGUACUCCUCCAAAUGGGUAAAAUACAGUAUAUGAAUUGAUUAACCAUCCAUAAAAGGUAUGAGUUGAAGCUAAUGCCUAAUGCACCCACAAUUUUUAUAACAUUUGAUGACUUUGUAACUGUUAAAAUUACACAAGCUCACAUUUUAAAUGAAUAAAAUUGUUGUGAAUCCAAGUUAAUACAUUUCAACAUUACCCAAAUGUGUUAAAUAUUUGAUUCUGAUUGGUCAAAACUCUGUAAGUCUUUUUUUUUUUCCAGCAAAAGUGACUUUAAGGAAAACCUGAUCAUAUUCAAUCAAUCCAUGAGAAGGAGUCCAGCACAUUUCUCCUCUGCUGUGACAAAGAUUGUCGUCUCCAUCUCUUCUUAGUCCUUGGUAAAUAUGAAAGUGACUCAACAUGGAUAUGAAAGCUGUCUGAUGAUAUAUCAGGUCUGUGAUUGAAUUGAAAAAGUCAUGUAUGGACAUAGUUUUACUGUUGCUAUAAUAUUGAGCUAUGUAGGAUAUUAACCAGAAUUUCUCUUCCUUCCUCUGUGUGCGUCUGUGUUAUGAGUAUUUUACAUAUAAAUUAAUCUGUGAUUGUUACAUAAAUUAAAACAUCAGGACCUGCUUCCAAAAGUUCCUGGGCCUCUGGAAAGUACUACUCCCUAAAAACGGGCUAUAUAAGGGGUAGCUCCUUCACCCCUGGGGAAGGUUCCUGCGGUCGAAAUGCAUCUUCUGAUGGAGAGGUGGAGCAAGAUGUUGUCCUGCAAUCCAUGCUGAGAUCUUUAAGGUGAUAGUGAAGACAGCGACAAUAUCAAGAUUUAUGAGAUAUCCAUGUUUUGUGUAUUUUAUCAUAUAUUAUUUUAUGACAUAAUGGGUCGGGGUUAAAGGGAUAUGAAUUGAAUAGGCUAAAAACUAGGUAAAAAUAAUUACAGAUGGAUGAGUACCAGGUUGCAACACUGUUUUUGGGAACAACUUAAGUGAAGAACAGACUAGUGUUGGGUGAGCUUGAACAGCAGUUGGAGUUGUCAUAACAAUCAUUUUUCCCACUAUUUCCAGUUGUUGUUUUCUUUUGACAAAUAAAAUAUUGGGCAUUACAUUCUUCUGCUGCAUCCAAAUUAAACGGAGAACCCAGCGACACAUUAACUGCACUUUUAAAUUUAGAUUUUUUUAAGUUGGACAAUGGGGUUGCAACUAAAAUAAUGCAAAAUUGAUCAAAGUCUGAUUUUAUGAAAAUCCUGCUUUACUUUGCAAUGAUGAAUAAUUCGUUUUUCAGAUAAUUUUGAUGGAUGAUUCAUAAAAGUUGGCUUCAUAAAUUACCAUCCAGACCUGUCUUCAGAUUAUGGACCUCAGCUGUAAAAGCAGUUUUAAUGGGAUAUUAAUCAAAUACCGCACAACUGAGCACAGUCCUUUAGCAUGUAUCCAAACCCAAAAAAUAGAAAUACAGAUGCAUUUGUUAUUUUUUACCUCUUUUUUUUCUACCUCAGAAUCAAAAUAUGUUGAAAGCAUGGACUGUGUGAAACAAGGAUGUAUCUUGUCACCCUCUGGUUCCAUUUAAGUAUUUUUAGAUUAUAUUUCAUAUUUUGUUAAAUCUCUUUUUCAGACAGAUAUCUUUUAUCUUUUAUGCUGAUUUAGAAAGAAUUUUGAAAUUAAUAAAAGCAUGUAAUGUCUUCACCGUGUUAAUUAAUUUAAAGUACCAUCACAGGAAAAUAGUCCUCCUUCUACUAAAGUGAAGAAGAUACUUUGGCUCAGAGCUAAUGUGAUAUUUUUAUUUUUUAAAGUUCAAAAUUAGACAUCUUUAUGGCCUUUUUGAUGCAUUAUAAUAGGCUAUGUAAAAUAGCAAUUAUCAACUUAUAGUGUUUUUCAAAACAGAGUUACAGAGUGCUUUACAGAUGUAGCUACUGCUCUAAAAUAUUGAUAUGACAGGAAUAUAUAGUCUAUUUUUAGUAGCCUAUAUUUUUAAAGAAAACUUACUGACCUCAGAUGUUGUAAAAAAACAUAUUUAAAGGUAUGAAAAGUUAAUUUAAGUAAAAAAUGUUCAGUGGAAGUUAUAAUUAAACACAAAGUUUCCAGUUUUUGUUGGAUUACCUAUGAGACGUAGGCCUACGAAGUUAUAAUUUUAAAAAAAGGGAUAGUUUUGUAAAUAAAUAAAGGUUUUUUGAUUUAAUAUGCUUUUUAAACUCUUCAACUAGUGGACAAAAAUAACCUCCACUUUAUUUCAAGAGAUAUUUAUAUUCCUUUAAGUUGUGUAAGUAGGAAAUUACACUGACAACAUAGAGAGGCCGUUAGCAUGCCUUCAAAAUAACAUACAAAACUUUUAUAGUCUGAAUAAUUUUAAUUACAGAAAUGCGUUCAUGAAUUUGUCUUUUAUUUUAAUUUUCUUGAACUGUAUUGGAUUCAUGAAUUUAUUUCAAAGAUGUGAAAACCAGAAAACCAUUUCUGCAGAGUUCAAAUUUUUUAAUUUGUCGGUUUUUCUGUCUCAGGUCCGAGUGGUGCAGUACAGCCUCGUCGGGUCCAGUCCCAGGCUGUUACUCAGGAUGGACGGCUCUCCAGGUUUCUCCUCCCCCGAGCACAACCAGGUCCCUUACCUUUCCUCUCCUCCUUUCUCUUCCCCUGUCUUUCCAUCUGUCUCUCCUCCUGUCUCUCCUCCAGUCCCUUCUCUUUCUCUUCCCCCUUCUUUCCACGUCUCUCUCCUCCUAUCUCUCCUCCUGCCUCUCCUCCUGUCUCUCCUCCAGUCCCUUCUCCUUUCUCUUCCCCCUUCUUUCCACCUGUCUCUCCUCCUAGCUCUCCUCCUGUCUCUUCUCCUGUCUCUGUCAGAGGAGGAGCAGUCGCCAGGUUUGCACCCCGAGGACCCGGAGGAGCUCUCCAGGAGGAAGGAGCGAUGGACGGCCCCACCGAGGACCACUGCGCCCCCUCCAUCCACCCGGCUCAUCUCCACUGCUCCUGAGCCCAGGUGGACGAAGAACCUACGAGGCCUCCUGAAGCAAAGAAUCAAGCUGUCUAACGUGACUCACAAGAGGACUGCUGGAUGGAUGGAAAACAACCGUCUAAGCAAGAGUCCUUUUGGGGGUCACGUUGGGCCGUAGUUUUAUUAAGAUUUUAAGCUGUAGCACAGUAUUAGAUAACUUUAGUUGUUUGCUAAGUUAGAUAAGUUAAGUUAGAAUAAGUUAAGCUGUUUAGUUAAUAUAAGUUAAGUUAGAGUAAGUUAAGUUAUAGUUAAGAUAAGUUAGAAUAAGUUAAGCUGUUUAGUUAAGAUAAGUGAUGAAUACAUUGACUGUUCAGAUGCCCCACAUUUGCUAACCACCUGCUCUUUUCCAGCUCCAACCUCUCCUCUAGAUAUGGCUGAAGUAGAAAUAUUAGAAAUAUUGCGUUGUUAUGUAAUGCGGCAUGGGUUAGCCUCCAGCUUGUCAGCAGCUCCUCCUCUCCUCCUCCGGUAAACCCUCUGGUAUUAGUUUAAGACAUUGACUGUUUGGUUUGGAUUCUUAGUGACCAUGAAUCGCUCGCUCCUCUCCCGCUCCUCCUCUCUCACUGGCUCCGAAACAAACAAAUAAAGCUGAAGCUUCAAUUAAAAGCAGAAAAAAAGGACUUCACCUUAGACUGGUGUCUUGUGAUGUGUUGUUUUGUUCCAUGAGUUGUGUUGUCAUGCAUGUAUUUGUGAUGUGAUGUUUUUUUUUAUGUAUUGUGAUCCCUGGUUCCUUCAAAGUAAGAGCAUGUCUUUUACUUGAUUUAUUCACUUAGUGGGUAAGUUAGUCUAAAAGGUGAGUUUGGUUCCUCCAGAGUGAUUGUUUACAUAAAUUAAGUUUAGUGUAGGACCCUUUUUCAUUUUGGUUUUCUUUAGAAAAAGGACCUCAAUUGAGAAGAAACCCCCAGAAGAGCCGAGCAGGAGACUGAAGACGCGGAGUGACCGAGCAUACAAGAGACAGGCCCAUGACGAGAGAGAUGAGGAAAAGAUGAAUGACGGAUAUAGUGUUUCUGGAGAUUUCAAGGUCAAUAACUAUCAAUACUUAAAAGGUUAA